CCCGCUCCAUUGUGUCAUCGUAAUGAAGCGCAGGGUACUGCAGGAGACUUAACGACGGACUUUGAUAUGGUUUAAAAGCGGCGUAAUUGAUUUUAACUAAGGAAUUUUAGCGUGUAACUCAUGAAUUACCUAAGCCGUCGGUUGAUGGGCUUAUAAUCACGCCAUUGGCGACCAUAUAAAAGGGCUCUACCGCAGACGCAUAAGUUCAAUAAUUCACUUCCAAGUGCAUUCGCGAUGGAGCUGCGAAGGAUCUUUCCAGCUUUGUUCACCAAACCGGAGGACUGCCCGCCUCGCUCUCGUGAUGCGACCCUGUACCUGCUGCGCUGCAUCUUCCUGAUGGGCGUGCGAAAGCCACCCGUCAAUUUGUUCUUGGCGUAUGUCGCCUGGUCCUUCGCUCUGAAUUUCUGCUCCACGUUUUACCAGCCCAUUGGCUUUGUCACGGGCCUUAUCAGGCAUCUUUCGGAGUUCUCACCGGGUGAGUUCCUCACCUCGCUGCAGGUUGCCUUCAACGCCUGGUCCUGCUCCACCAAGGUGCUGAUAGUGUGGGCGCUGGUCAGGCACUUUGACCAGGCCAAUGCCAUCCUAGACGAGAUGGACAAACGAAUCACAGAGCCUGGAGAGCGUCUGCAGGUGCACCGCGCUGUCUCACUCAGCAACCGCAUAUUUUUCUUCUUCAUGGCCGUCUACAUGGUUUAUGCCACGAGUACUUUUCUCUCGGCGAUCUGGAUUGGAAGACCGCCCUACCAAAACUACUACCCGUACCUGGACUGGCGCUCCAGCACGUCUCAUCUGGCCUUGCAGGCAUUCCUAGAGUACUUCGCCAUGGCUGGCGCUUGCUUCCAGGACGUUUGUGUGGACUGCUACCCAGUGAACUUUAUCCUAGUGCUACGAGCCCACAUGUCUAUCUUUGCGGAUCGGCUUCGGCGUCUAGGCACAGAUCCUGCGGAGAGCCAGGAGGAGCGCUACGAGCGUCUGGUUGAGUGCAUUCAGGACCAUAAAGUCAUUUUGCAAUUUGUCGACUGCCUGCGCCCCGUGAUAUCUGGUACUAUCUUCGUGCAGUUCCUGGUGGUCGGCUUGGUGCUUGGCUUCACCUUAAUUAACAUUGUUCUUUUUGCGAAUUUGGCUUCGGCUAUCGCUGCGCUUUCCUUUAUGGCCGCCGUGCUUCUGGAGACAACGCCCUUCUGUAUACUAUGCAACUAUCUCACAGACGAUUGCUACCAACUGGCAGAUGCCCUAUUUCAGUCAAACUGGAUAUAUGGGGAAAAGCGUUAUCAAAAGACAGUAAUGUACUUCCUGCAGAAACUACAGCAGCCGAUAACCUUCAUGGCCAUGAACGUGUUUCCAAUAUCAGUUGGCACCAACAUUAGUGUCACCAAGUUCUCGUUCUCAGUGUUUACUCUCGUUAAGCAAAUGAAUAUUGCUGAGAAACUUGCUAGAUCAGAAGAAGACGAGUGAAGUACAGAUGUUACUUUACACUUAAAGCUAAUAUUCGGUAAAUGUUGUUAACCAAUAGCACUAAAUUUAAAAAUUUAAAACUCUAAAUUUAAAAAUUGUAUUGCAUUUGUUCCACCAUCAGUGAACUUUUAAUAUAUACUCAUAGAAAAAUA